AUGAUUGCCGCAAAUGUUCCCGAACUCCCGGCGGGAGACUCGCCAGACCUCAUUUUGGUCCCCGCUACCCCUGAGGAGCGCACCGCCUCUAUCAAGCUCAAUAGCAUCGUCUGGAAGGGCCCCUUGGACGUCGAAACCUACAUUGCUCGUGAGGACCACCUCUAUAACCAACGGCUGACUCGUGACGGCCUGACCUGCUGGAUCUUGGUCGACGGCACGGAGCCCGAAGGAGACCGGACCAUCCUCAGCUCCUGUGAGACCUACCAGAAGAAGGCCCUACUCGCGCACGACGGCCAGGUGGAAGAUGCUUCCACCCACGGCGUGGGAAGCGUCUACUGCCGGCCUGAGUUCCGGGGCAAAGGGUACGCAAAGCGCAUGCUCGAAGAACUGAGCCGGAAGCUCGAUACGUGGCACAUGGAAAAGCAGCCGCGAGGCAGGGCUUUGUUCACUAUUCUAUUCUCAGAUAUUGGGAAGAAGUUCUAUGCGCAGUUUGGGUGGCGACCAUUCCUGUCUUCGCACAUGGUUCUGCCAGCUCGCGCCGAGGAGCCGCUGUCCAAUGGAGCUGCUGGCAAGAGUGUGACAAGGGAUUUAUAUGCCGAAGAUGUCCGCACAAACAUGUGCAGUGACGCCGUCAUUGCCAAACUCCGUGAUCAGAUGUGUGUUGCCUCGAAACUAUCUCACGUUGCCAAGGUAGCUAUCGUGCCGGACUUUGACCAUUUUGUGUGGCACUGGGCUCGUGAGGAGUUCUUUGCGCAGGAGUUGUUCUCGCACCGCCCUCCGCCAACUAUCAAGGGCGCAGGGAAUGACGCUGCGCGCGUGUACUGUACAUGGAACCGGAACUUUGGCGAGACGCCCGAGGAUAAUGUUCUAUACAUUCUGCGGUGGGUGUACGACGAGCCCACAUCGCAGGAGGAAGAGCAAACAUUGGUGCAGGCGAUGGCUGCUAUCCUGCGCCGUGCUCAGCAUGAGGCCAAAGAGUGGGGAUUGCACACGGUCGAGUUCUGGAACCCAGAACCACUUUUGCAACAGGCUGUCAAGGUGCUGGACCCCGAUGCGGAAGUCGUGCACCGCGAGAAGACCAGUAUUUCCAGUCUGCGCUGGACUGGUGACGAACACGGGCUUGGACAAGACGUGGAAUGGCUUUUAAACGAGAAGUAUACUUGGUGCUGA